GUCCGCCAUCUUCUUUACGUGUUAUGGUUGAGAUACAAGACAACUUUUCCAGUAACUUAGUACAACACUACAGUCAAGAUGUCGGCCCACGAUCAAAUGAAGGCGAUGUUAGAUCAACUAAUGGGCACUGGGAGAAAUGGCGAAAACAGUAAAUACCAGGUUAAAUUCACAGAUUCCAAAGUUUGCAAGAGCUUCCUUUUGGCCUGUUGUCCUCAUGAAAUUUUAUCUUCUACGCGUAUGGACCUCGGAGAAUGUCCCAAAAUUCACGAUCUUGCACUCCGUGCAGAUUAUGAACAGGCUAGCAAGAAAAGAGAUUAUUACUAUGAUAUCGAUGCUAUGGAACAUCUUCAAUCCUUUAUUGCUGACUGUGACCAUCGAACAGAGCUAGCUAAGCAGCGACUUCUUGAAACCCAGGAAGUAUUAUCAGCAGAAGUUGCAGCAAAAGCCAAUAAAGUCCAUGAACUUGCAGAACAGAUUGGUAAAAAAUUGGCAAAAGCAGAAAUGCUUGGAGCAGAAGGUUUAGUUGAUGAAAGUAUCAAGCUGAUGGAAGAGAUUGAAGACUUGCGUAAAAAGAAAGCAGCAGCUGAACUUGAAUAUCGCAACUCAAUGCCUGCUUCAAGCUACCAACAACAGAAACUUCGUGUGUGUGAAGUUUGCUCAGCAUACCUUGGUAUUCAUGACAAUGACAGGCGAUUAGCCGACCACUUUGGCGGAAAACUCCAUCUAGGAUUCAUAAAAAUUCGAGAGAAAUUAGCACAACUUCAGGUUACAGUAGAGGAGCGGAAGAACCAGCGGCGUAACGAUGGGAGGGACCGAGACAGGGACAGGGAGCGUGAUGACAGAGUCAGGGAUAGGGACAGGGACCGUGACAGGGACCGAGACAGGGACAGGGACCGUGACAGGGAUCGGGAAAGGGACAGGGACCGCGACCGGGAUCGCGACCGUGACCGUGACCGUCACAGGGAGCGUGACAGGGACAGGGAUCGCGACACUAGACGGGAUCGUGACCGGGACCGAGAGAGGGACCGGGACCGGGACCGGGACCGCGAGAGGGACAGGGACAGGGAUCGGGACCGCUCCAAGCGCAGUCCCAGCGACAGCCGGAGUGAAGGGGGCAGAAGCAAGAGGAGGAAAACCCGCUCGCGGAGCAAGUCCAGGUCUCAUCGGUCUCGAAGCAGGAGCCGAAGCAGGCCCUCUCAUUCCUCAAGGCGUCGCUCUCGUGACAGGGACAAUGACAACCAUCGGUCGUCAUCUCGCAGUGACAAGUACAAAAGAGACCGCUCUCAUGACAGAAAAGACAAACGGGAAGAAGAACGUCCUAAACCUAUUCCUGAAGAAGCAGAAGCUGGGUCUCCAAAGAAACCAGAAGAGACUGCAAAUGGAACUGCCAAUCUGAACAAAGACGAAGCACCCACUGUGUCAGAACGGAUUGCAGAAGGACCUGGAGAGGCUAGUGAAAAAGAAGAUGGAGAAUUGGGGGAUGCCAAGAGUGAUUAGUUACUUAAUCUUUAGAAAUUAUCCAGAAAUAAUUUAACUGAGGAGUACAUAUACUUUGUAGCUGAACAUGUACAAUUGAAGCCAUUUAAACAGAGGUAAAACACAUUGCAGAUAUUUCAUCACACUAGGAAAUAAGCCCAUCUAUGUUUGAUAAUUGCGGCAGGUCCGCACCAGAUUGUCCUCAUUUUCUUUUCCUUUAGUUUUACUCUUUGUGUGGUUGAUACUUGAUCUUUAACUUAGCACAUAGUGAUAUUUUUUUUAUUCUUAUUCUUAUCAUCCAUUUAUCAGUAUGUGAAGAUGACAUACAAUCAUUUCAAUAGUUGAUUCACAAUCAUUCACUGGGCAGUGCAUAAACAGCAAUUUAUUAAUUUUGACCAUAGCCUGUUAUGUAUAUUUUUAAAUUUGUCCUUUCCUUCUGUAUUCAGAAUCUUAAAUUAGUGUAAUCUUUGUUGUGUGUCCUUAUGUUUUGUUUGUUGUGGUCCCUACUGUUACAACAUUGUCAAUCUUCAUCAAUUUUGGGCUGUGUCCAAUACAUCAUCUUUAUACUAAGAAACCUACUUCUACAUUUAGUAAAGCAUGCAAUUGAAUUCGUGUGAAUGUCUUGUACAUGAGAAACUAUGAGUGAGAGUGGUUGAAUUAAAAUGAUUACAUGAAUGGUGUCUCAUUCAAUGAGAGAACAUUUUGGUUGUCAGAAUGUGCUGGUAUUGAAUCCUCGAUAAGCCACAAGUAUUCUCUCCUCCUCAGUGUGAUUUACCUCUUCCAUUAGGUAAAACGGUGUUAACUAGGAACUUGUAUUAUCUUAAGACAAGGCACAUUUUUCUUGAAUCGCCUAGGCACUGUUUUGGUUUUGUGCAAAAAUUUGAUUCUCUUUUGAGGUGUUAAUAUCCCAUUUCUGAGAUUGUUUGUACCCGGUUCAUUGUUUCAGCUGCUGUGCACUUCUGUUUUAAUUUCAAAAUAUCUUUUGAACAAUAAAAGUCAAAUAUCCAAAUAA